ACAAUAGGCCCAGCUCCAGGAUGAACUCCUACUUAGACUAUCCUGUGUGCAACAGAGGAGCAAAUAUCUUCAGUGCCAAGGCCGGAUAUCACAAUUUGAACCAUGGAUACAUGUCGUCCAACUCGUGCGCAACAAGUGAUAGUUACGCACCGGACGGUCGCUUAGUUGCUGCAACUUCAGCCCCACACCAAACCCCGAGUCUGCCUCUGCACCACCAGACGCACGUCAACUUGGAUCUGCAGUUUGGAACACCGGGGAACUCCAUGUACGGCUCAGCUCUGGAGUACGGACAUCACCAGUACGGCCUCGCACCCGAACAGGACCGGAGCUACAUACACGCGCAAGUUUCACCACUUGGAACAAACAUGGCUCCCUACACCGGGGACAGCUGUGGGCCUGGAGUUGCAACCGGCAGCCAGUAUCUACAUUUUGGCAACGGGGAUCAGAGUAGGCUUCAAGAAUAUCCAGAGAGUGUUUACACAAGGUUACCGCCACAGAGCAAGGAGAAGGAUUUGGAUCAUGUGGAGGAAACUUCAAAAACAUUCGACUGGAUGAAAGUGAAGAGGAAUCCCCCUAAAACAGCUGUCCUGUCGGAGUUCGGGGUUCCCGGCCAGCACAACGUGAUCCGAACCAACUUCACCACCAAGCAGCUGACCGAGCUGGAGAAAGAGUUCCACUUCAACAAAUACCUGACGCGGGCGCGCAGGGUGGAGGUCGCGGCCAGUCUGGAGCUCAACGAGACGCAGGUGAAAAUCUGGUUUCAGAACCGCAGGAUGAAGCAGAAGAAACGCGAGAAGCUGGGCUGCGUUUUGGUCAGCACCCCGGCACCUGUGGAGAAACUCUCUGGCACUGACACCUCUCCAAAGACGAAGGGGAAAGACUGUGAACCGUGAUGUGACUUUAAAAAAAAAAUUAAAUAUGACUGUGAGGGUCUCUCCACUUCUUCCCCCCCUCCAUCAGUCGCACCAUUCCAGAAAAGCUGUGAAAAAUGCAUGUGGACUUGUGAAGUUUAUACAGGUUAUGUCUGUGUCCGUUCUUGUGUUUGAAAGCUUCCCAUCAUAAGCCCAUGCUGUGUCAUUGUUUGCACUAUUUAUUUACAGGGUAUUUUACAACAAGUGUUGAGUUGAUUUAGCUGAAUAAAGUUUAUAAAAAAAAACGGGAAUAAAAGUGUUGCAUUUCCUGUUCAUGUGAAAAGAUGUUUGAGCUGUAACAGUGCUGAUAAUCCAAUCAAACUUUUACUUUUGUUACAGGAGUCUUUUCUAAAAAAA